AUGGAUCUACGAUAUACUCGUCUACAAAUAUGCACGGAAAUUCCUACUAAGAAAACACAAACAACUAAAUGGAGAGUAUGUUUACAUCCUCAGGGUAUAGAAUAUGACCGUGAAGAUUACAUGGGUUUGCGUCUUCAAUUGGUCAAUUGUGGCGGUGAGUUUAAAAAAACUAUAGUGAAAUUCAAAGCUACCAUUAUCGAUAACGAACACCACCGAGAUAGGAUAUUUAAAGAAGAAGUGAAAGAACUCAAUGCUGACAUGAACGAAAUUUGUUGGGAAGAAUUUUGCGACGGAGACAAAGAUCUUAUUCGGUUUGAGUUACUGGAAGAUGGCGCAUUAACUAUUUACAUUCGAAUAUCAUAUUGCAUCGAAUGCACUUUUUAUGGGCCUGACGUUGUCAAAUGUGAUCUUUUGGAUGACUUCGGUUCAUUACUUGAAGAUUCCAAACACGCGGACGUCGAGUUAACACUACAAUCAAAUGGGAAAAAAUACUUCGUUCAUAGAGCUAUUUUAGCAGCUCGUAGUGGUCAUUUUGCACGCUUGUUUGAAGACGUCGAUAAGAAACAUGAACAAAUCACUGUAAUGGUCACAAACACGGAUGAAGAAAUAAUUGAUGAAAUUCUACGAUACAUUUAUAAGGGAGAAUGCGAAAUUUCAAACCAAACAGCAGAUAGGUUAUUGUCGGCUGCUAAUCAAUACGAAUUGGAAGGUUUGAAGACACUUUGCUCGCAGUUUAUGUGCGAUGAGUUUUCGUGUGGCAGUGCAGCAAAAGUGAUCGUUUAG